UGGGUGCAGAAUUGAUUCGCUUGAAUGAUCCACCCACAGUUUGGAGGAGCUUUAAAAUAUGGGUCAUUAGUCUUUCAAAAAAGAAGGACACUUUGCAGUCUCUUUAGGCGCUUGAUUCAUCGAUAUAGUCAUGAGUAGCUCACCAACUUUGUCUAAAGGUGAAGUGAUAACGGCUCUGUCUGUCACUGCUGGAGCCAUGGCCGUCGGUUUCCUCAUCCACAAAACAUUAUUCUCCAAAGCCAAAGCCGUGAAGCCAAAAGUCAACCUGGACCUGCAGAAAGACAACCCCAAAGUGGUGCAUGCUUUCGACAUUGAGGACCUGGGUGAUAAAGCAGUCUACUGUAGAUGCUGGAGAUCUAAGAAGUUUCCAUACUGUGAUGGUGCUCAUGCAAAACACAAUCAAGAGACGGGGGACAAUGUGGGCCCUCUGAUCAUUAAAAGGAAGGAUGCAUGAGUGUGAGAGUUGAUGUACUCAGAGUACACGUUUGCAAUCCCACUGAAGCACUGACAGAGAUUAGUAUAUGUUUGCCUCACGUGCGACUAAGCUCGUCAUAAGAUUUUAGGUUCUCUUGUCAUAGCUGCCUAUGUCUGAAUGUUCAUCAUUCAUCAUGGUCUUAUUCUCUAUCUUCUUGUCUUAGUGCAGGUGUAUAUAUUAAGAAAUAUAUUUUUCCUCCCAAAAGUUCAGUAAUUACAUUUGAAUCUUGAUGUUGGUGAUGAAAUUAGCACUACAUUUUUCUGAUUCUUUUUCUUAUAUCCUUAGCUGCUUCUCAGCUGAUUGCAAGGCUUGGUGAGAUUGCUGCAAACCAACAUUGACAAAAGCACUUAAGAGUGAAUGUAAAAUGACAGAGUGUACAUUUGAAAGUCAUGAAAAUAAAUGAACAAAAAAAAAGUAAAUGAAAUGUAAGAAAAAGUGAAUGUAUUUGUUUGAAUCUGGAUGAUAAUUUGUAUGUUUCUCUGCAGAAUGUCCAUGCUCUAAUCUUAUCCAAACACACAAGUACAAGCAAGUCACAAAAUGGAAAAUUUACAUCUUGUGUUUUCAGCAUUAAAAAACCUAAUAAAAUCUGAGGUCUGAAAAAUAAGAUUUAAUACAUAAGUGCUGAAGAUGUAAAUAUGUGGACACUCGAGGGUGAAAUCAGAUUUGGUUUAUUUUCUUAGCUGAAUGCCAUUGUGUUCUAUUAAUAUAAGAGGAUCUGAUUCUGGUUUAGUAAUAAUUUGAUAAUUAUGGUUUGUAUGAAUAACACAUUUGACAACUUUGAUUGUUUCAAAGAAGCAUGGAAGAUAUUUUUAAACAAAGCCUAAAUGACCCGUUGGCUGAAAAUUGCAAUAAGCAUACAAAAUGGUACAAGUUUUGAGUGUUGUCAUUAAACAAAAAUGUGACCUUAAGUACCUAAACUUCUUAAACUUCUUAGAAGUGAGUAAAUAUGCUGUGGUAAUGGCAGUGCAGUGUGUUCGAAGUCUCAUUUUUUGAUGAUAUUACUACAUGAUUAAAUUCAUUGGUUAACACUUGAUUUAACUUUGACAAAUGUGGUUCUGUGAUGUUUGAAAGAUUGUUCAAUUGUCUCUGCUUUUCUGGUAAAUACAGUUCACAUUUUGGUGAUGAUCUCUGUGUGUAAUCUGUAAUCUGACUGCUGCAGUCAUUAUUUUGUAUAUUCCCUCUACUGACAAUAGAUUUUAAUUUGCUGUAUUAUGUUUACAUCAGCAAUAAAUCUAUAAUAUCUGUCUAUGACAA